GGGGACCGAGGGGGACCGAGGGGGACCGAGGCCGGGCGCAGCGCCAUGGAGCCGCCCGCCGCUUUCCCGGGCUUCCCGGCCCUGCCCUCGGUGGCGCCGUCGGGGCCGCCGCCGUCGCCGCUGGCCGGGGCCGAGCCGGGGCCGGAGCCCGCGGGCGCGGGGGCGGGGGCGGGCGCGGGGGCGGGCGCGGGGGCGGGCGCGGGGGCGCGCGGGGAGCCGGUGCCCGGCCCGGGGCGGCGGCGGCGGCGGCCCCUGCAGCGCGGGAAGCCGCCCUACUCGUACAUCGCGCUCAUCGCCAUGGCCCUGGCGCACGCCCCGGGCCGCCGCCUCACGCUGGCCGCCAUCUACCGCUUCAUCACCGAGCGCUUCGCCUUCUACCGCGACAGCCCGCGCAAGUGGCAGAACAGCAUCCGCCACAACCUGACGCUCAACGACUGCUUCGUCAAGGUCCCCCGCGAGCCGGGCAACCCGGGCAAGGGCAACUACUGGACGCUGGACCCCGCGGCCGCCGACAUGUUCGACAACGGCAGCUUCCUGCGGCGCCGCAAGCGCUUCAAGCGCGCCGACCCGCCCGCGCCCGCCGCCGGCCCGCCGCCCUGCCCCUGCCCCUGCCCCUGCGCGCCCCCGCCCGCGCCCCCGCUGCCCGCGCCCGCGCCCCCGCCCCCGCCCCCGCCCCCGCCCGCGCGCCUCUUCAGCGUCGACAGCCUGGUGAGCCUGCCGCCCGAGCUGGCGGGGCUGGGCGCCCCCGAGCCGCCCUGCUGCGCCGCGCCCGACGCCGCCUUCCCGCCCUGCGCGGCCGCCGCCUCCCCGCCGCUCUACCCGCCGGGCCCCGAGCGCCUGGGGCUGCCCGCGCCGCGCCCCGGCCCCGGCCACGGCCCCGGCCCGCUGCCUGCCGAGCCCCUGCUGGCGCUGGCCGGGCCCGCCGCCGCGCUCGGCCCGCUCGGCCCCGGGGACGCCUACCUGAGGCAGCCGGCCUACGCGCCCGGGCUCGAGCGCUACCUGUGA